ACCUUGUUAUUGCAACAGCCAUGGAUUGUAAUGGUAAACUAGCGUUGCGCUUGGUCCUGCUGGGGAAGACUGGCGUGGGCAAAAGUGCCACAGGAAACACCAUUCUGGGUGAGAAUCUGUUCACGUCUGAGGCUAAAGCCACUUCUGUUACAGCUACUUGCACUACAAGGUCAAGACCCAUUAAUGGACAAAGUAUUACAGUCAUUGACACCCCGGGCUUGUACGACACAAAUAUGUCUAAUGAUGUUAUUAUAAAGGAGACAGUGAAAGGAGUCAAACUGGCAGCUCCUGGUCCCCAUGCUUUUCUUCUCGUGAUUGAUACGAGGCGCUUCACUAAAGAGGAGAAAGACACUGUCAGUAACUUUCAAGAGUUCUUUGGCGAUGGUGUGCACAAGCACAUGAUUGUGCUGUUCACUCGUGGAGAUGAUCUUGAGUUUGACAAUAAGAGUAUUGACACCUACAUCCAAGAGGCUGGACCUGACCUCCAACAGCUGAUAUCUGCAUGUGGGGGGAGGUAUCAUGUGUUCAACAACCGAAACAGAGAUCAGUCCCAGGUGCAAAAUUUACUGAAGAAGAUUGACAAAAUGCUAACUGCAAGCAAUCAAAGUUAUUACAACUAUGAAUUGUUUACACUGGCAAUGGAGAACAAUACGCCCACCCCUGAUGCUAUGAUGUUACUGAGCGCCAACCUGUCUCGGCUGCCAUGA